AGUUUAUUUUAAUCUUAUUACACGAGGUUUUCACAACAGAGAGCAUAUAAGCAACGAUUAGCUGGAAUAAGUUGUUUUGAGUGGAAGGUGGAGCGACAUUGGAAUACUCAAGAUGGAAAUAGUUGGAAAACGUUUGUUGAAAAGAAAGGUGGAAAAGCAAUUGAAAAUGUUUUCUGGGAACGAAGAAGGAAAAGGAAAAAGUGAAAAUACCGAGGGGGAAAAUAAUUGUGCGGAGGAUCAAACUCAUAUUGAAGAAAUGCGGAAAGAAAAAAGAGAACAGAUGCUGGAACAACAGCUGCAACGAAGAACCGAACGCGCGAAAAUCCGCGAAGAAAUCCGAAAACGACACAAAAUCGAGUCGUCGGAAAUCGACAGCGAACUAGUUAACCUUGAGAGUCAUGGGGACACAGGAGAUUCAAGUUUGGUAGAAAUGGCUACGUCAAUUAGUUCGCGACUAAAGCUGGUUUGGAGCAACUUUGGCAGCUCUGUGGGGAAAUCUUAGUCAGCGAUUAUAUUGUAUUAUAAAGUCGUAUAAUGUACAAGAGCAUAUAUUUUAAUUCGCCAAAUGGUUACGAUCGAAUCUAAAUGUUAUUCAUUUGUUGAUGGUGUUCUUUGUUAAAGCAGCAUCCAAUGUAUUCAGAUAUGUCGGAAUGACGUCAAAUGUUGCGGAUUUUUAGUUCAUGUCAUUUAUUUCUAAGUUCGCGAGUUUCUAAGUAAGUAAAAUGUGUCCCAUCCUCCCCUACCCUACUAUACAUUAAGUUGUAAGGAAGUUCGAGAUUCAAAUAUCUGGCUUAUGUUUCCUUUCUUAUUCUGCAGUUAAUUAAAAAGAUCGACAACACAACGGAUUAUUUACAAGUGUUGUCGUGUAACACGAUCAGGUUAA